CGUUAUAAUUCUUCGAGAAAGACCUGACAAACUGACCGCAUAGUGAAGUAGCAUGGGAAUAGUAUGACAACACAAGAAAUUUGUUCAAGAGAAGGUUCCACCAUUAGCAUUGUUCAAAUAAUUAAGAAGAAAAUUGUAGAUUUUAAAGAAGAGUUUUCGAUCAAGAAAAUACUCACUUGGACUGUACCCUGUUUCAUUGGUUUUGGAUCCUGGUUUCAUCGACCAGAGUUUCUUGCCGGAACAAAAUUCUUCAGAAUUCUUUUCAACUUCCAUUGAUUUUCUUGCCUUACAUUGGAAAAGAAGGUGUCAUUGUUGAAACACAGAUGCCAAGAAACUUUUGCAGAUCAAAAAUAUGAUGGUUUCCAAGAUGGGCUCUUCCUCUGGAAGAAAAGGAAAAGUUGUUGCUUUGAUCAGUACUGUGGUAGUGAUUUCUGGCUGCAUCGCUCUCUUAGUGUGGCUCACAGUCAGAAAACAAUUUCUAGAAGACAUGGAACCAAGGCCCUCCUUUUAUUCAGGCGGAAACGUGUUAGAUUAUUUGCUUAAUCUGAAGAGAAUUGACAGAAAAGAUGGAUUGUUGGUCACCUGGUAUCAUGCUGCAAAUAGUAAGAGUGACAUGGAAGAGGCCUUAAAAGCUGAUGUCAUGGCGCUAGAAUCUGAUGUCACCCUUGAAGGAUACAAUACACCCAAUGAGACAGAGACACCGAUUAUGGCCCACCCGCCUAUCAUCUACAGUGACAAUACGCUUCAGGAUUGGCUGACGACAGUGCUCAGGUUAUCUGAUAAAGUGAUCAAGCUGGAUUUCAAAAACAUCAAGACAGUGGGCCCAUCACUGGAUAUCUUACUAAAAGCAUCUUCUGAGUUGAAUGUCAACCGACCGGUUUGGCUAAAUGCAGAUAUUCUGAAAGGCCCAAAUGUCCCUAUUAAUAUUGCAGUUAAUGCAAGCCAAUUCCUGACUCUCAUUCAGGAGAAGUUUCCAAACUGCACUCUUUCUCCAGGAUGGACAACCCUCUAUUUAUCUCUCUUUCCAAACAAAACCUAUACGCGGAGUAUGGUGGAGGAAAUGCAUUCCCUUGUGGGAAACCUGCCUCAGCAAAUUACCUUCCCUGUAAGAGCUGUCAUGGUAAAACCAGCCUGGACUCAUCUGAGUUGGCUUCUGAGUCAAUCCAAAAGAUACAGUCUGACUUUGUGGCAAGGGAAGAAUGAUCCAGUUACUGUGGAAGAUCUCCUGUUUAUUCGAAACAACAGCAAACCUGAACAAAUCUAUUAUGACCUUUAUGAACCUAUUUUGUCUCAAUUCAAAAAAUUGGCACUCUCUCAACCAGAGUCAAGUCCAAAAAAAGGAUGGAGAAAUUAAAUGAAAAAUUUUGGAAAAAAGAAUGGAGCCAAUUAAUGUACUGCUAAUUUACAACACAGGGAAUGUUUGACAAUUUAAAAUGGACUUUUUGGAUUUUGGAAGAUACAGACAUUGGAGGCAACUUUAUUACAUGGAUUCAAUUAAUAUAUACUUCACAAAUGGUACAAAUAAAUAUGAAGGGGGAUUGAUCAAGCCUUGUCAAAUACAAAAAAGGAUUGAGACAGAAAAGCUCAUUUUUUGCAUAGUUAUUCAUUCUGGGUCUUGAUGUUUCAAAUAGAGCUAAAAGACAAGAUGACAAAAUUAUUGGAGUGAAAGUUUUAAAAAAGGAGUUUAUAAAUUAAGGGCAUUUGCUGCUGAUUUGAUUUUAAUUUUGGGGAACCGUAUAAAAGGGACAGAUGUAUUAAUGUAAAAAUCUUGGAAUUUGGUGCAUUGGCUGGAUUUAAAAUUGAUGAAAAAAUGAAGAUGUUGACAAAGAACAUAAAGAUGGAAGAGCAAAAAGAAUUAAUUAUAAAAGCUAGAUUUCAGAUUGAGGAAAAAAGGGAACUAUUUGGGUAUUACUAUUACUACCAUGACUUGUAAGUUAUUUCAAAAUAAAAUAUGGAAUGAAAUUAAAUAGGAUUUAUUAAUGUGAGAAAAAUGACAGAUAUCACUUUUGGGAAGAACUUCUUUGUUAGCUAGAAUGUUAUUCUUAUUUCAGACAAUACCUAUUUUGAUAACUGAUAUACCAUUUGAACAGCGCAAAAGACAUAUCCAGGUUUAGAAGGCAGGAGAAAAAACCCUCAAAGAUUAAAUGUAAGUUUCUCCAACAUGCAAAGGAGACAAGAGGAUUGAAUUACCUGAUUUUAAAUGGUACUUUCCUGUCUGCAGUUUGGUUUGGAUGAAGGAAUGACUGGUGUUAAGAAAUAAGAGACUUUUAGAUUUAGAAGAUUUAGAUAAUCAUCUUAGGGUAUGAUAAAGUAAAUCUAGAUUUUAAAAAUCAUUAUAUUAGGAAUAUAAUACUAGGAACAUGGAAUAGAUACAAACCUUUGAAGACCUCAACUCAAGAAGUGUUUUAUAGAUAGGAAACACCAGGCAAAGAUAAAUGGUUAACAUGUAAAGACUUCCUAGCACAGGAGAAAGGGGAGCUUAAGUUGAAACCAAGAGAACAAUUGACUGCAGAGGAGUUUAGUUUUCUUAAUAUGCAAAUGAAGGACAAGAUGUAAUAUAGAUUUAAAAAACCUACCAGGAAUAGAAUAUGAUACAAUGAAAUUUGAAAAUGAAUUACAUGAUUGCUAAAAUGUGUGACCUUUUGUUGAGAUUUGAAAAAAAGAGGAAGAGCAAAUUAAAAGAAUGUAUGUUAAAAAUGGCUCAAGAAUUUUGGUGAUAAUAUUCAGAUGGAUCAAUGGAAUAGAAUGUGGUUAAAAGCAAUAACAAUAGCGUUUAGACUUACUGUAUAUACUGCGUUAUAGUGCUUUACAGCGUCUCGAAGCGGUUUACAGAGUCAGCUUCUUGCCCGCAACAAUCUGAGUCCUCCUUUUACCCACCUUGGAAGGAUGGAAGGCUGAGUCAACCUUGAGCCUGGUGAGAUCUGAACCACCAAAUUUUAGGCACCCGACAGUCAGCAGAAGUAGCCUGCAGUACUGCACUCUAACCACUGCGCCGGCAAAGCCUGA